AUGAUACUCUACGACGACAUCGUCCCGGUACAGAUAGUGCCGCAAUCAAGUGACCAAGGAGAAUUCUACGAUGAAGAUUAUGAUGGCUUUUAUGAAUACGACGACAUUGCGAGUAUAACCACUUCUCUCUCAACCUCAGCCACCGACUACAAAUUCGAAAACGGUAGAAGAUAUCACGGUUAUAAAGAAGGACAAUGGCCUGUGCCAAACGAUGAAAAACAACAAAACCAAAUGGACCUCGUCCAUCAGGUAUAUACUUUACGGUUAGGAGGGAAAUUAUACUUAGCCCCUAUAGACGAAUGUCCGCAGAAAAUUCUAGAUGUCGGUACAGGGACUGGGAUCUGGGCCAUGGAAAUGGGUGAUUUGCAUCCUAGUGCUGUAGUUAUUGGAAAUGAUUUAUCUCCAAUACAACCACGAUGGGUUCCUCCAAACGUUAAAUUUGAAAUCGACGACUUCAACGAACCAUGGGUUCAAACGCCGAGCUCCUAUGAUUUUGUACAUGCCCGUGAAAUUCAUGGGGCUGUGUCGGACUGGCGGCAGUUCUGCAGCGAAGCAUUUAGAAUAUUGAAGCCAGGAGGCUGGAUCGAAGUUGCGGAAAGUGCCGCCGAACUACGAAGCGACGAUGGCACCCUACCAAAAGACUGUGCCCUAAACACAUGGCUCAACAAUGUCUCCGAGGGCUUCGAAAGAAUCGGUCAUACAGUCGUCGUCGGUCCGAAUAUAGAGGGCUGGUUAAGAGAAGCAGGGUUUGAGGAAAUCGCCGUAAAAGUCUUUAAGUUGCCAGUUGGUCUUUGGCCGAAGAAUAAGGUGGAAAGGGAUAUUGGGGCGUUCAACUUGUUGAACAUGAUCGAAUAUGUUGAGGGAGCUUCGCUUCAGAUUUAUACGAGAGUGUUAAAGGUACUGCAAACACCCGCCGCUCCAACAUAG